AUGUCUAUUUUUAAAGGCGUUUGCAGAGGGGAGUGGCUCCUUCUCUUUCUGUUCAUCCAAUAUUCUUCAAAGAUGACAGACGUAGCGAAGGAUUUAACAGCAGGAACAAUAGGAGGGGCAUCACAGUUGAUAGUCGGACACCCAUUUGACACCAUCAAGGUCAAACUCCAAAGUCAACCGGUCCCACCACCCGGUCAACGCCCUAAAUAUUCAGGCGCCAUAGAUGCUGUUAAACAAACAGUAGCAGCAGAAGGCCCACGAGGCCUAUACAAAGGCAUGGGCGCCCCUCUUGCUACUGUUGCUGCAUUAAAUGCAGUUCUGUUCACGGUUAGGGGUCAAAUGGAAGCCCUUUUGCGGUCUGAACCCGGGACACCCCUAACCGUGAACCAGCAGGUGGUGGCUGGAGCCGGGGCUGGAGUUGCAGUCGCUGUUCUAGCCACCCCUACUGAACUAAUCAAGUGCAGACUGCAGGCCCAAGGAGCAGCAGUCACCGGACCAGGGGCGGCAGUAACUGCCGCCAUAAAAUACAGCGGCCCAAUGGAUGUAGCAAAGCAAGUUUUAAGAUCCGAAGGCGGCAUAAAAGGUCUUUUCAAAGGUUUAAUCCCGACAAUGGGGCGGGAAGUCCCGGGAAAUGCCGCCAUGUUUGGUGUCUACGAAGCCCUAAAACAAUACUUCGCCGGAGGAAUCGACACCUCCAGCCUUGAUCGUGGUUCGCUGAUAGUCGCUGGAGGUUUGGCCGGAGGUGCAUUUUGGGUUUCGGUUUACCCUACGGAUGUGAUCAAGAGUGCAAUACAAAUUGAUGAUUAUAGAAACCCUAAAUAUUCGGGUUCAAUUGAUGCUUUUAAGAAGAUUGUGAAAGCGGAAGGAGUUGGAGGUUUGUAUAAAGGGUUUGGACCCGCGAUGGCUAGAAGUGUACCCGCUAAUGCCGCUUGUUUUUUGGCGUAUGAGGGUGUGAGAUCAAGUUUGGGUUGAUUUUUAAAGGUUUAAGAACAUUGUUUUAAUAAAAGGGUUUACAAUUUUUUUUUUAACAUUGAUCAUGAAAGAGUAGUUUUGUUUAUUGAUUUUGAGGUUGCCCUUUAACUUUUGGUUGAUGAAAGGAAUCGUGAAGGAUUUUGAGAUAGUUUGUUUUUGUUGGUUUGUAUUUCUCAAAUUAGAAAUCCCCAUGCUUGUGGUUAUAGCCACUGCGGUUUCUAGUUUGAUUCUAAAAUAAUUGAAAGCAUC